AGCAUGGAUACUCGUGCUUUUUCACAUGACAGUAUUUUUAUCCCAGAAGGUCCAGAAGAAGACAACCAUUCUGAGCAAGUCAUGUCCCAAGAAAACACCACUGACAAAGUCAAAAGCCUCCAGAGACAGAUAGCCCACGAUAUAAAAUUUGGCCAGAAACCAAUGUCAGUCUCUGUGAGAAAUACAGAGGAUGCUGGAGGGAGUUCUGAGGAUGAGGAGCUACCAAGAAACCCUGUUAAGGUCUUUGCACAGAUGGAAGCGAAGUCAUCAGAUUCAGGAACACAGCCUACUGAUAUUCGCAAACACAGUCCUUUAUCCGAAGCAGGAAUAGGCAGUGGUGAAGAAAAGCAGGCUACUCCAGUUAAAUCUCUGAGGCCAAAAGCAGCAACAGCAGGCACAAUUGAAUCUAUUAACCUUGAUGCAGUCCCUCUUUCUGGAUCCCGUCUGGAUAACACUGCCGCUAAACACAAAUUAUCCAUAAAGCCAAAAAACCAGAGGGCAUCCAAGAAACACCAGAGACUAACACUGGACCAGCAAUCCCUUGUCCUUCCUGAGUUAGAGGAGACAAAAGGUAAAAAACAUACAGAAGUAAAAAGUAAGCAGGAAGAAAACAAGCAUAACCAAUCCAAGGAACAAGAGAUAUACAAUGAAGACCACGGGCUUAGAGGAUCAAAAGAGGAGAGAAAAAGACAUGAGGAACAUGAGAAACUUCAGGAAUCCAAGAAACAGAAACUUCAAGAAGAACAGAGUCUGAUGGAAGAACAACAAAUGCUGCGUGAAGAAGUUGAAUAUGAAUUGGAAAGACAAAGGCAGUGUGAAAUUGAGGGACAGAAGGCACAUGAAGCAGAAAAACAGCAUCUGUGUGAGAUGGAAGAAAGGCUGCAUAAGAUGGAAGAAAUAAAGCUACAUGAGGAGAGAGAGGAACAGAGGCAAUGUGAAGGUGAAGCACAGAGAAUGCAUGAAAUUGAACAUGAAAUAGAGGCACAGAGACAAUGUGAGGCUGAAGAACUGGGGUUGCAUGAAAUAGAGGCACAGAGACAAUGUGAGGCUGAAGAACUGAGGCUGCAUGAAAUAGAGGCACAGAAGCAGCAUGAGAGUGAAGAAAGAAAGCAAAGUGAAAGGGAAGAACAGGAGCUGUAUGAAAUAGAGAAAGAGAAACAAUGCAAAGCUGAAAAGAGGCAACAUGAAGCUGAGGAGCAGAAGCUUAGAGAAAUGGAAGAACUCCGACUUCAAGAGCUUGAAAGAAAAAAGAAACAGGAAGAACAAAUAGCAGAGGAACAGAAGAAGAAAGAAGAAAAGGAAAAGCAAGAAGAACUAAAACAAUUAGAUAUUGAAGAGGAAAGAAAACAUAAUAUAGAAGAGAAAGAGAAAAACAAUGAAGCAAAGAGACAAAAGCAAGAGGGUUUAAAAAAAAGCCUUGAUCCUCAAGAACAGGAAAGAAUAGGAGAGGAACUUAGGUGGCAAGAAAUGGAGGAGAGACAGACCAUGCCAAGACCUUUCACAUUUAAAGUAUCCUCCGGAGAAAAGCCAGUUAUAUUUCAGAAGGUUAACCUAUCGCCUGUGACACUAUUAAACCAGCAAGUCAGUCCAUCAGAUACAGAGUCAGAGCCUUCACCAAAAGCAGACAAAGGUUCUCAUUUCUCAUUCCUUCCUCACACAGCCUUUUUGGUAACAGGAGCCCAGCUUUGUGGCACAGCGGUGAAUUUGAACCAGAUUAAGGAUACAGCCUGUAAGUCUUUACUUGGUUUAGCUGAAGACAAGAAAGCCAGGGAUAUACCCCCAGUUGAAAGUGUAAAUAAAACUUAUCCUGAAGGAAAACCUAGAACUAGAACAAGAUCCACCCACGAGUCAACAGAUAACCAGUCAAGUGCUGCAAUAUUAGCAGAGUGGGCCACUAUCAGGUCCAAGAUCCUUAAAAGUGCAGAAAAUGGAAAGCAGUCUGAGAGAGAAGUAAGACAUCAUGGUAGACUUAGUGAUGACUACACCCAAAAAGGGGUUACUGAUUUACACAGCAACCUUAGAAAAACUAUGUCUGCAAAUGCAAAGUUCUCUAUUACACCUGCAUGGCAAAAGUUUACAGAUGGCGCCAAAACCAAUGAGAACGUGAAUACAAAGUCUGUGCAUGAAAUAGAAAAAGAAAGCACACGAACAGGGGCUUUGUCUCUAGAUUUAGCUGCAUCUCCUCCCUUAGCUAAUAAAACUAAAGACAGUGGAACCAAAGACAAAGUUGUGAAGUCAGUAAGGAUAGUGGAUAGCACUGAAAGUUGUGUAUUUGCCAAAGAUCUUCCAUCUUUUCUGGUCCCAAGCCCUCCUCACAUUUCAAACAAAGGACGUUUCUUGUCUGAAUCCCAGAGUCCUCCAGAGAAUCAAGAUGUAGCCAGUCCUCUGAAAAAAGUCGAAGGAACUGACAAAAAGGGACAGAAUAUUAAUGAUAAACCUUCUCCUUUUGGCAUCAAGUUGAGAAGGACAAACUACUCUCUUAGGUUUCACAAUGAACAGCAGGCAGAUCACAAAAAAAAGAAAAGAUACAGUGCUGGAGACAAUUUUGAAGGUGUCCCAACUCCUCUCAUCCCAUUUGGCCAUGAAAGAGACAUACCUGUGUUUCCCAAUAAACGUAGUCCACCUUCCACACCAUCAAUCAGAGAAACAACAGACAACAGUGCCACUAAUGUUCCACAAAAUGCAUCAGAACCAAAGUCGACACCAAUUAAAAUUAGCAUUCCAGUAUUAUGCAGCGAAAGUGAAAAGCUUCCCUUAAAAUCCCCGCUUUACCAGAAACCAUUUCUUGCCCCCAAGCCAGCCCUUGUUACCACGCCAUCUUCUCCCCUUGCUAAAAUGGACAAAUGCAGUUUUGGUAGGACUGUAGCUCAGAGGACUACAAAAGAGGAUUUAGCUGCAGAACAGAAAAAGGAAGAAAUGAAAGCUGAUGCCUCUCAAAAAAGCCAGCAUGAUGAGGAAGAGACAAAGGAAAAAAGAUCGUUCUUCUCAUCCAUUAACAUACCUUGGAGGGAAAAAACAGACAGGAAAACAGAGCUUAUCAGGAGAGAAAAGCCCAGUCUUCAAAGCAGGCAUUCUCUCGAUAGCUCUAGAAUAACAGAGAAAGGGGACUCGCCGCAGCCCCUGUGGAUCACCCUGGCCCAGCAGAAACAGAAGGGCUUCAGAGAGCAGCAGUCCACUCGAGAGGAGAGGAAGCAGGCAAAAGAAGCCAAGCUGGUGGAGAAACAAUCAAAAAACAAUGGCGGGGUUAUUAGUCCAACUGAUAACAAAGAACCCAGUUCUAAUCAAAGAUUGCAGAAACCUCCAGUUAAGGAGGAAGAAAAGAAGCCUGACACUAUUUUAUCUAGAUUUGAACGCAGGGAACAACUGAAAAAGUCCAACACACUUCCUAAUUCUGUUACAGUUGAAAUUUCAGACUCGACUUGCUCGACGCCAUCAGUGAAAGAAGUAAACAAGAGAUUUCCGAAUUCAGAUUCAGCUCAAGUGUCAACAGAACCUGCUUGGUUGGCCCUGGCCAAGAGGAAAGCAAAGGCUUGGAGCGAUUGUCCCCAGAUUAUCAAAUAGUCUCACACACAAUACCUGCCGUAUCACUGUUGCAUGUUUACUACUUUUCUACAUUUUUAUUGUGUUACUUUUACGUACUAGGGAUCACAACCAGGGUUGACCACACCUCACUUUUAGGCCCUAAAAGAUCCUGGCUGAGAACAGUCAAACAUAAGAUUUUGUUGGGUCUGCAGCUUGCAUUCUACUCUGUACUAUGGAGUGUAUGGACUGACUUUGUAUGUUUUUAUCGGUAUCGACUGCCAUUUUCAGCCAAACAGAGCAACUGGGCCAAACCUGUCUUAUGAAAUGAUCUUCUCUUAUCUUAAGGGUGUAAAUGAACAAAGCAUGUCUUGAAAGGCCCUGUGUCCAAAACCUUGUGAGUAUAAUACAGCUUUAACAACGAUAAUGUAUCUCCACUAGUUGUCCUUCAUGUCUGCCUGCUGCUUUUACUACAAUACACCAGAAGGUAACAAUGUCUUAAGGGCUAGCAUUUCACAAAGCAAAUACUUGACCUGCCUUCCCAGCACUUCAUUCUGUAAUAAACAGAUGGAGCCAUUUACCGCAAGCAUGCAAAUGUGAGUAGAAUUCAUGUUAUGUUGAAUGUGAAGUCAUAAAUAUUUGCUUAUUUUAGACAUUUUUUUUUUAAAUUACCUUUGAUUACAGAACUGCUCAGUCAGUUGACACACAGAUCUUUAUGAACAUUGUGUUUCCUGUCACAGUAAAAAAAUGCUACUGAUUUAAACCACUUGUUUUAUUAUAGAGCUUAAUGAGAUAGAUCAUGAAAUAGAUACAUAUGUGAGAUGCGUGCAAAAAGCAUUUUACACAUUUUUUUCAAGACUCACAUUCAUUGUAAAUACAGUUCUUUUAAACAUUCUUGGUUUUGUUUAUUAUUAAUGAUUUCCAGUGACCUAUGGUAAGAAAGCAAAUAUCUAGUCAGCCAAUAUGUACUUUUGUUUUUAACUUGUCACAUAAGUUCAGCACUAAGAAAUUUGCACUAAAACACACAAGUAUUAUUGUACUGUGGUUUAUGAUAUGCUUAUCAAUAAAUAAUAGUUGCAUAGUAACGUAUUUAAUAAAAUAUUAAUCUUUUUUUUUUUAACUAAAAAAAUUCACACAUUAUCCUAUCGCUGUUUAACAGCAUGAAUCAAUGGUAUGUUUUAUUCUGUUGAAGCCUUGGAUCAGUCACUUAAUGAGACCAUUGCAAGCAGAUUAUAUGUUCAUCACAUUAGCUUCUUGUGCUGUGUAAAAAGUAACAAGUUAUAUAAAACCUUAGAUGUAUGUAUAAAAGUAAUUUUAUGGUACAUUAAUGUAGUUUUAUUUAAUUUUUAGAUUGUUCCAAAGUGCAAUUGGUCUUUUUCUAUUU